GCGCGCUGCCCCGUGCGCUCCGGCACCUUCGGCAAUUUCCGUCGGGCCCUGGCCGCCAUUUUCUCGCCGCUUGUGUGUCUCGCUGGCUGCGUGGCUCGGUUCUUGUGAGCGAAGCUUUUGUCCGGUUCGGCAAUGGACGGAAUUGUCACUGAAGUUGCAGUUGGCGUAAAGAGAGGAUCUGACGAAUUGCUCUCAGGCAGUGUUCUCAGUAGUCCAAACUCUAAUAUGAGCAGCAUGGUGGUUACAGCCAAUGGUAAUGAUAGUAAAAAAUUUAAAGGAGAAGAUAAAAUGGAUGGCACUCCUUCUCGUGUACUUCAUAUUCGAAAAUUACCUGGUGAAGUGACAGAAACUGAAGUUAUUGCUUUAGGUUUACCUUUUGGUAAGGUGACCAACAUCCUUAUGCUGAAAGGAAAAAAUCAGGCAUUUUUGGAGCUAGCAACAGAAGAAGCAGCUAUUACUAUGGUUAAUUAUUAUUCUGCUGUGACACCUCAUCUUCGUAACCAACCGAUUUAUAUCCAGUACUCCAAUCACAAAGAACUAAAAACAGAUAAUACAUUAAACCAACGUGCUCAAGCAGUUCUUCAGGCUGUAACAGCUGUCCAGACAGCAAAUACUCCUCUAAGUGGCACCACAGUUAGUGAGAGUGCAGUGACUCCAGCUCAGAGUCCAGUACUUAGAAUAAUUAUUGACAAUAUGUACUACCCUGUAACACUUGAUGUUCUUCACCAAAUAUUUUCUAAAUUUGGUGCUGUAUUGAAGAUAAUCACUUUUACAAAAAAUAACCAGUUUCAAGCUCUCCUCCAGUAUGGUGAUCCAGUGAAUGCUCAACAAGCUAAACUAGCCCUAGAUGGUCAGAAUAUUUAUAAUGCUUGCUGUACCCUAAGGAUUGAUUUUUCCAAACUUGUGAAUUUGAAUGUAAAAUACAACAAUGAUAAAAGUAGGGAUUAUACAAGACCUGAUCUUCCAUCUGGGGAUGGACAGCCUGCAUUGGACCCAGCUAUUGCUGCAGCAUUUGCCAAGGAGACAUCCCUCUUAGGGCUUCCUGUUGCAGCUGUUCCAGGAGCUCUGAGUCCUCUGGCUAUUCCAAAUGCUGCUGCGGCAGCUGCAGCAGCUGCUGCGGGCCGAGUGGGUAUGCCUGGAGUCUCAGCUGGUGGCAAUACAGUCCUGUUGGUUAGCAAUUUAAACGAAGAGAUGGUUACGCCCCAAAGUCUGUUUACCCUCUUCGGUGUUUAUGGAGAUGUGCAGCGUGUGAAGAUUUUGUACAAUAAGAAAGACAGUGCUCUAAUACAGAUGGCUGAUGGAAAUCAAUCACAACUUGCAAUGAACCAUCUUAAUGGACAGAAAAUGUAUGGAAAAAUUAUUCGUGUUACUCUGUCUAAACAUCAGACUGUACAGCUACCUCGAGAGGGACUUGAUGAUCAGGGGCUAACAAAAGAUUUUGGUAAUUCCCCAUUGCAUCGUUUUAAGAAACCUGGAUCCAAAAAUUUUCAGAACAUUUUUCCUCCUUCUGCAACCCUUCACUUAUCCAAUAUCCCUCCUUCCGUAGCAGAAGAGGAUCUACGAACACUGUUUGCUAACACUGGGGGCACUGUGAAAGCAUUUAAGUUUUUUCAAAGAGAUCACAAAAUGGCUCUUCUUCAGAUGGCAACAGUGGAAGAAGCUAUCCAGGCCUUGAUUGAUCUUCAUAAUUAUAACCUUGGUGAAAACCAUCAUCUGAGAGUGUCUUUCUCCAAGUCAACAAUUUAAAAAAGGGGGAGAUGAAGACUGGGGGUGAAUCACAUUGUUUGGUGUCAUCACUUAUUGACUGUUCAGAAAAGUGGGGACCAGAGUUUGAUUUUUUGGUUGUUUCCCUUUUUUUUUCCCAUGCUGUUAUCAUUCCUUGGUUUUAAACAAAUGCAUACAUAAAGGCAGAGUUACUAACUGCUAUAUUUCAUCUGUUCUGUAGGGAAGCCAUUUUUAUUGUCUGUGUAAAAUUUUAGUUUGAUUAUACUUUCCUUUUCCAACUUAGUUGACAUACGUGCCUUAAAAAGGAAAACUAGUGUUGCUAUGUGCAUUUACUAGAAAAAAAGGAAUUGGUUGUCUAGGGCACAUUGUUAUAUGGGAAUUUCAGUAUAUUUAGGCAGGGGUGUGUAAAAAGGUUAAGUUUUUGUUUCUCCUGCUUGGAACUUACUUUGAAUUAUUGGCUUGUCACAUUUCUUUCUAUUUAAUCAAAUAAGAUAUAUUAUACUGAAAGAAUAAAGCAGCAUUUUUUAGUUUUUAUUAACCUUAGGCUUUGCUUUAAAAAAAACAUUGGCCUUUUGUAGCUCACAAUUCUGGUCUAGAUUCAGUUAUGAAUGUAGGCUUUAGUUAAAAUUAACAAGAUGCAGAGUAUUAAUUUCUUAAGACAACAAAGUGAUUUCUGUAAGUUUAAGCCCUAUGUGGAAAGCAUUGUGGAAUCUUAACCUUUUUGUACACACUCUUGUGGGACGUAUCAUAUAAAUGUCAGCACUAAGUAAUGUCUUGUUUGUGGCUGAAUAUUUUUCGUAGAUGUUUUUGAAGUUGACAUGACUUACGUGCAUUUAAAUAUAUAUUGCCAUCCUUAGUUUGUAAUUAAGAUUUGGAAUAUGGUUGUGGAUUUCUGAGCAUGUGCAGACUGGUCUAGCUAGUUCAGGAACUGGUGCAUGUAUUUUUCAAAGAUAAAGAAAGUGUACUGCGAAAAUUUGCAGAAGAUUAAUUUUGUGGCAGUUUUCUAAAACUGACAACCAGGUGGGACCAAAGUUUAUGUGCCUUUAGUCUUAAUUUACCUUGCAUUGUAAUAUUCAGUUUUAAUAAAUCUUCAAAAUAUUUUGUAUUUAGGAAUAGAUCUGACUUUAAUAAAAACAUGGCUCAGAAUCUACAGGUCAAAUUAAUUUGAACAGUUCUUGUCAAUCUGAAUUGUUGAUUCUGUUUAAAUGACCAAUACUUUUUGAAAUUGAUGUACUUAGUUUCAAGAUUCAUAGAUUCUGUUAUCUAUGUAGACAGAAUGGUCAUGUAUAUUUUCUAUUAGUUGAGUUUUUACAUCUUUAGAAAUGUAAAAUUCAGUAUAGUUUGAAAGCGGCACAAUUAAAAAUUAAUUUUCUAACAAAGUUGGGAGGUUUGAUGGUUGUUUAAUUUUCUUUUGUGUGUACUCUGCUUACCUCUGUAGCAUGCUCAAUAAACACUUCUGUAGCUCUGUAUUCACCUUUUCUGUCUUUCUCUGCUGCCUUUUCUCUCUCCUCUUUGUUUUCACUCCACUGUGCUUCUGAAUUCAUGUUUAUUCUCUGCCAGGGUGGGAAAGGAGUAAUAAUAUUACAAUUCUAUGGCUUUAUACCAUAAAUAAAUCUAGACGCUGUGAAAAUA